GUAGCCCUACUGUUUCUGGUAUGUCAGAUAUGGAUUAUCCUUUGCAAGGACCAGGCUUGCUAUCAAUACCAAAUCUUCCAGAGAUCAGCUCUGUCCGCAGAGUCCCACUUCCACCAGAGCUAGUGGAGCAGUUUGGGCAUAUGCAAUGCAAUUGUAUGAUGGGAGUAUUUCCAGAAAUCAACAGAGCUUGGCUGACCAUCGACAGCGACAUUUUUAUGUGGAACUACGAAGACGGUGGAGAUCUGGCUUAUUUUGAUGGCCUUAGUGAAACUAUUCUUGCAGUGGGUCUUGUGAAGCCAAAAGGAGGUAUCUUCCAGCCUCAUAUACGACACUUACUUGUUCUGGCUACCCCCGUGGAUAUUGUGAUUUUAGGGCUCAGUUGUGCUAACAUACAAGCAGGUACUGGAUCGCUCAAUGACAGUAUGUCUGGCGGAAUGCAGCUGCUCCCAGACCCUCUCUAUUCGCUCCCUACUGACAAUACUUACAUUCUGGCAAUAACUUCCACUGAUAACGGACGUAUCUUUUUGGCUGGAAAAGACGGCUGCUUAUAUGAAGUAGCUUACCAGGCUGAAGCAGGCUGGUUCAGCCAGCGCUGUAGAAAAAUUAAUCAUUCAAAGAGUGCGCUGUCUUUCCUUAUUCCUUCAUUGCUACAGUUCACGUUCUCAGAGGAUGAUCCUGUAGUUCAAAUCGCCAUUGACAACUCUCGAAAUAUCUUAUACACUCGUUCAGAAAAAGGAGUGCUGCAAGUUUACGAUUUGGGACAAGAUGGUCAAGGAAUGACCAGGGUUACUUCUCUUUCACAAAAUGCUAUAGUUUCUGCUGCUGCGAGCAUUGCCAGAACCAUAGAUCGUUCUGUAUUUAAGCCUAUUGUUGAAAUAGCAGUGAUUGAAAAGUCUGAAUCCAUAGACUGUCAGCUACUCGCAAUCACACACACAGGUGUCCGACUGUAUUUUAGUACUUCGCAAUUUAAGCAUCCAACAGCUCGUCCCUCCAUGUUAACUUUGGUUCAUGUCCGUUUGCCACCUGGAUUUUCAGCUUCUUCCAAUGUGGAGAAGCCCGCAAAGGUUCACAGAGCUCUUUAUAGCAAAGGAGUCCUGCUGAUGACAGCUUCAGAAAAUGAAGAUAAUGACAUCCUGUGGUGUAUCAAUCAUGAUUCCUUCCCUUUUCAAAAGCCGAUGAUGGAAACACAG